AUGACAGAUCUUGCUUCAGAAUAUCUCAUUCUUUGGGCAUCACAAACUGGUAACGCUGAAUGGAUUGCCAAAAACAUCCAUACCGAGGCUGGAAAGAAGGGAUACAAGGGCGAAUGCUUUGUCAUGGAUGAGUUUGCUGUGGCACCUUUACAGAAGGCAGGCGUGAUUAUUAUGGUCAGUUCCAAUACCGGAGAUGGCGAUUCCCCUGACAAUGCACUCAAGUUUUGGAGAUUUCUGCGCCGCAACAAGGAUAAGACCUAUUUUGCCAACACUCGAUUUACAGUAUUGGGUUUGGGUGACAGCAACUAUUCCAACUUCAACAACAGUGGUAAAAAACUGGAAAAGAAAUUCAAGGAUUUGGGAGGCCAGGUGUUCUAUGAAAAGGGUUUAGCUGACGAUGCUGAAGGAUUGGAGAAUGUGGUAGAUCCUUGGAUCGAAAAGCUAUGGGAAGUCUUACCUACAGUGCUAAAGCAAGAGGGAAAUGCGUCCAUCGAAUCAUCGAUUGCUCAUGAAAAGGAAUUGGAAAAGGAAAUGUCAGAACUGGCUAUCGAUCCCAUCGAUGUACCUUAUUCGAUGAGAAAUCGCAAAAAGAAUCUCCCUGAUCUAGUGGAAAAGUACACCGACUUGGAAAACACAUUAGUCGAUAAUUUCACCAUGGAAGCUAGAAGAGAAAAGUUGCCUAGCAAAGUAGCUGAUUAUACACAAUUAGACAAUACACUUGUAGAUGGCAAAAAGAAGAUUUUCAAGAGUGGAUUCCCUCUUGCCAUCAGCUUGGCUGGAUUAGAAGCAGGUGCCAAGUUGACUGGAUUGCCUCGAGUAUCUGUUCCUGUUGCCAAGGUGACCAAAUUAGAAGGUCAAAAGGCAGAAGAUUUCUCAGGAAAGGUACCUGAUUUUGUGUCUACUCCUGUGCCCAUCACCUAUGCUCCAGUUACCAUGGUGUCUUGCUUGACUGCCCCGAAUGCUGUUAAACGAACAUUGGAAGUGGAGCUUGAUGUUGGCGAGGACAAUCAUUUUGAACCUGGAGAUGCAUUUGGUGUGUUGGCUCCUAAUGACGAGGAUCUGGUGGAGUCUAUUUUGGGCAGACUAAAUAUACCUGAAGAAGAAUUCCACCAUCUUUACAAGGUCGAAGGCGAGAAUCUGCCUACUCAUUUACAAAAGGCCGCCUCAGCAUCACUAAUUGAACUGUUCCGUUACGCAGUGGAUUUGACUAGCCAUCCUCGUAAAGCACUGUUUAGAAUGCUGGCUGAUCACACUACAGAUCCCAAAGAAAAGCUGACAUUAAUGUACAUUUGCAGCAAGCAAGGUGCUGCUGCUUUCAAUGCUAUCCGUGAUGAAUCACCCACAUUGCUCGAUAUAUUGGAGACUUUUCCUAGCUGCCACCCUCCCAUUGACCGUCUUUUGGAUCUUUUGCCUGCUCAUAUGCCUCGUUUCUACUCUAUCUCAAGCUCUCCUCUCAAGCGUCAAGGCAAAGUACGAUUUGCUUUCAACGUGGUGGAGUACAUUACAGCUGGCAAGGCUGAGCGUAAGGGUGUUGCCACACCUUGGAUGGACAAGAUUACCAAGUUGAUUCCCAGUCGAACCACACCUACCAAUGUUGAAGUCGCUGUUACUGAAGACAUCAAGGUGCCCAUGUACAUCCGCCAAAACGCAAAUGCCUUUGUUUUGCCUCAAGAAACAGAGCGUCCUUUGGUAUUGAUUGGCCCUGGUACUGGCAUUGCACCCUUCAUUGGCUUCUUGGAGCAUCGUCAAAUACAGCGCAAUAUCCGCCUCUCUAUGGGCGGUCUUGGCCAUCAACCCACGCAACAGAUUCGUGAUCAGUUUGGACCCAUUUAUGUCUACUAUGGUUUCCGUGACAAGAGCAAGGACUUUUUGUUUGAAAAGGAAAUCCGUGAAUUCGAAACGGAUGGCACUAUCUCACUUUUGAGAAUUGCAGAGAGUCGUGCUGCUGAUGGACCCAAAGUGUACGUUCAAGAUUUGAUCAAGAAAGAUUCCGCCGCAUUGUACGACUUGAUUGUAAACAAGGAUGCAGCUAUUUACAUUUGUGGUGAUGCCAAGGGCAUGGCAAAGGGUGUCCAAGAUGCUCUGGCAGAGAUGCUGGUAGAACACCAAAAGAUGGAUCUGUUGGAGGCAAACAAGACUUUGGUGAAUUGGAUCUCGUCAAAGAAAUAUAUUAGAGAUUUGUGGGCUUAA